AUGUAUCCGUUUGGGUCCUCUUGGGAUGUGUUUACUACUGCUGCUCGUCCGGCCAAAGCUUGUGAUUUGGCUUCGCCGGCGUUUAGCAUCUUCCGGUCCGUUGGGGUUGUGGCCACUCGUCCCGCCCUGUGGCCGUUUUGGGCUUCGUCGAUUCGGGGGUACGCUCAACUAAGGGAUUGCGCAUUUGUUCCGGCCACCACGUCCUGGUUUGGUUGCCCCGUCGCCGCCUUCUCGGCUACUGCUCGCGGAUUGAUCGAGUUGUGGGUCUCGCUUCUGCUAUGGUUUAGCUUCUUCGGCUUGGUUGCGGCUCCGCUUGCUUGGUUGCAUGGGCUCGGCCUCCGGUCCGACCGGGGUGGUAUACUCCUGUUCGGGCCUAAUUAUCGAAGGCCCUAG